AACAUCGAAAAACCACUUUUAUAAAAUCUUCUUCGCUGCCGGUUAAUUUUAGGUCUUUCUUGGGAGUAAAACAUUUCAAACUUGCAAGGGAAAAAUUCGGUGGUAAAAUUCCUCUCGAUAAAAACCCCGCUGAUCUCAUCAUUCGCAUCGAAUUUUUGCCAAUUUUGUUUAUAGCCAUUCAGCGUUUUGUUUGUGUUUGAGGUUACACCUAUGAGGGGCACAUGUGCCGGUAGUACCAUUCUCGACGCAUUAUCCUGUUCUACUGUUUCGUGGCACGUGUGCAAUUUGUUACAUUUUUUUGUGAACAAUUUUAUUUGUUAAGGCUGCGCAACAAGUGCAUCGGAGCACAUCAACAAUUUGAAUGGCAAGAGAUGCAGGAAUUUUGUCCUGUUUGUAUGAAAAAUGGCAUCCAGACACAAAUCAAGUGUUAUCAAAAGGAUCUUGAAGAGGCCAUCUUUAUGUGCCCUACUGUAGAGUGUCCAUGGCCAUUUGAAUUUCAAGAUCCAAUUAAAAUUAAGCGUCCAAUUUUGCCAAUUGGCAAUAGAAACUGGGAUGAAAUUCCACAAAGGUAUUUGAAAAAGAACAAAACUUUUCAAAAAGAUGUUUUGGAUUUUACAUUAUGUACAACACCGCAGAUACCAAGCUCCAAACAUGACAUCAAUGGUGUACAAAAUACAGAUAUUAUAGCUGUUCCUGAAGUUCUGGAUGGUAUGACCCAAUCUGUUCUUGUAGAUUGCGGUGGUGAAAAGAAACCGUUUGAGUUUACAAUCAAUUGUACUAACUCAUUUGAUGACUUUAAUCAAACCAGUAUUAAUGAUGUACUUCCUGAAUUACAACAGUCAAUUUUUUCUAAUUCUGUAAGUGAAGACCUACCAGUUAAGUAUGAAAAUUCUAAAUGUCCUGUUAAGAAUGAAGGUACUGUAUCUAAUGUAAGUAGUGAGAAGUCUAGUGUUUCCCAAAAUUAUAUUCAACCUGUUGUAAUUCAAAAAAAAGCACCUAGAAUUAUUCAGAAUAAAUGUCUUUCGACCAAUUUGUGUGUAAAAAAGGUAAUUGCAAAGAAUGGACCAAUCCUUGUGCAAAAUAAGGAAAAUUCUACUAAUAAUAGAAUCAAACAGCAAUCGAAAUUAAGAGUAAAACCAUCUUCUUCAAGUUUUUCUGCGCCAAUAACAAAAUUCAAUUUUGAUGAGUUCAAGUCUAUGAAAAAGCAGAAAAUAGAGACCACGAAAAAGAAAGAAACGGAGUCUACAAAAAACAAGGAAAUUGUCCAGGCAAUUGGUUGCGACUUUAAUGACAAUAAACUACAUCAAAAUAAAGACGACCCUCUGCCACAAGCUGUUAAUGUUCAAAAAAUUAGUCAAGAUACAAUUGUAAAUAAUACUAGUGGAAAUGAAGGAAAAGACGCGUUAUUCCAGCUUGAUGCCAAAAUUAAUGAAUUGAAUGAUAGUGUGCAAACAAAUGAAUCAAACAAAUUUGAUUUUAACGGUAUCAAUUUCGACGACUUGCUCAAUGGUGACAAUUCUAAUUGUAAGAAUGAGAGUCAAAAAAUGUUAAAUUUAGAAAAUAAUUGUACAGAUAUUAAUGUUAAUUGUAAUGUUUUUAGUCUUAAUGAGACUAGUACCGAAACUAACCAAAUGGAACUUGAUUUAGAAUCUUUCUUAUCUUCAAUUACUUUCUAGUCAAUAGCUAAUGAAAAAACGAAAAUAAAAACAGUCUCUGCUCAAAAUCAA